AUGGCGGACGUAGAGACAGAUGUUGCCUCAGGACAGCCAAAGAAGAGGACGUUCAAGAAGUUCAGCUUUCGAGGCGUCGAUCUUGAAGCUCUUCUUGACGUGUCUACCGAUGAGCUCGUCAAGCUCCUGGGUGCCAGGGCUCGUAGAAGGUUUCAGAGAGGUCUGAAGAGGAAACCAAUGGCUUUGAUCAAGAAGCUACGCAAGGCGAAACGGGAGGCCCCACCUGGUGAGAAGCCUGAGCUUGUCAAAACUCACCUGCGUAAUAUGAUCAUAGUACCUGAGAUGAUUGGAAGUGUUGUUGGGGUGUACAAUGGGAAGACUUUCAAUUCGAUUGAGAUCAAACCUGAAAUGAUUGGCCAUUAUCUGGCAGAGUUCUCAAUCUCAUACAAGCCAGUCAAACAUGGACGCCCAGGUAUUGGUGCCACCCACUCCUCUAGGUUCAUUCCUCUCAAGUAA